CCCUCCUCUGCUUUCCGGCCGCCCCGUCUCCGCGGGGAUGGUUGCUGGGGGAACCGCACCGCGUCCUCCCCCGGCAGGCGGCUCGGCGAGCGGGCGCUCGGGUUGGGCGGGUGGCGCUGCCCGGCCCCCCGGGGGGCGGGGGCUGAGGGGGCGCGGAUCGCGGGAGCGCCGGGGGAGUCGCAGCCCGCGAGGGGCCGCAGGAGCCACUUGCGAUGCUGCACCAUGACACCCAGUAUCUGAACUACGUUGGUACUUACACCAUCAUCUUUCAAGAGGGAUGGUUGCCAUUCAUUCAGCUUAAACCAUGGAGUCCGACAAAGGACUGAAUGAAAAUUUAAAAAUCCAGUUUAAGGCUUUACAGGAGCAACAACAGAAGAGGCUACAAAAUAUGAUGGAGAAAAAGAAAGAAAAGCAGCAUGGUCAGAAAGGCAGCAACAACAACCCAAAGGAGACUUUUGGCGUCCACGAUGAUUUAAACCUAUUUAAGGUAGAAGGACAGCUAUCAAAUGAAGAGAUCAGCAAAAGGUUGCUUGAGGAUGAAAACGAGCAGCUUCAGGAUCAGCUUCGAGAGGUCGUAGAUGAAAAUGGCAGACUGUACAAACUGGUGAGGGAGAGAGAUUUUGAAAUCCGGCAGCUUCAAAAGAAAAUGGAGGAGGAGAGAUUAGCCCUGAAAGGGAUGUCUGGUUUGGCAGGGGAUGUUGCAGCUACUAAAAUAGUUGAACUGUCCAAAAAGAAUCGUGAGCUAACUGCUGAGACAGAGAGUGAAAAAGCCAAAGUGAAACAACUGAAUAACAAAGUCAAAGAGCUUGAAAAAGAACUACAAACAGCCCUGGGAAAAAUCCAGUCACUUGGUGGCAAUGACUCAGGAAUCAAGCAAUCGAUGUUGAGAAGGAUGGAAGGAAACUCGCCUGGAAGUCCAGAGUUGAAAGCUUUGCAAGAAAAAUUAACUGCAGCCAACUUUAAAGCAAUGGAGUUGCGCAAUCAGCUCCAAACCACAAAACAGGAACUAAAGAUGAUGCAAAAGCUUUUAGCAAGUGAAGUUGGUGAAGAUGUAAAUAUUCAAAAUCUUUUGACCAUCUCUGGCAGUUGGCGUGGACGGGCCCAGCAAAUCCUUGUUCUGCAAGGCAAGCUUCGAGAGCUGGAGAAUCAGUUGGGUCAGAGCAAGAGCAGAGCAUCAGUGAGUAAUGUUGAUGAGGAAAUGCUGGCCCUUACAGAUCCACGGAAGUUGUCAGCCCAAGAGAAAAACCUGUUACGGAUUCGCAGCUUGGAAAAAGAAAAGAAAGAAGCCUUGGAGAAACUCAGUGGGGAACAUAACACUCUCCAGAAAGAUCAUGAGGAUGUGAAAAAAAAACUGGAUGCAUCAAAAGCCAGGAACAAAGUGCUGUCCAAUGAGGUGAAAGCUCUGAAAGGACAAAUCUUAACGCUGCUGGAGAAAGGAAAGCACGAUGAUGAGCUCAUAGAUGCCUUACUGAACGAGCAGAAGCAAAUGCAUGAGAUCUUAAAGCACCUAAGCCUGCAGGAUGAGAAGAACAAGGAGUCCCAGCAGAGUCUAGGCCAGCAUUUGAACAGCGAAGCUCAGAAACAGAGCAGUCUCAUAGGGCAGCUCCAACAGAUGGUGGCUGAAGGAGAAGCCAAGAUUAAAGAGCUGGAGGAGGAGAUGGGACUGCUCACACUUCAGCAGCAUCAGAAGAAAGAAACCAUUGAGGAGGGCAGUUCAGAUGUGGCAGAUUCACCAUCUUCAGAGCACUUAGAAGAGCAGAGUUUUACUCUAAUCAAACCACCAGCAUCGGCAGGCGACCAUGUUGGAAGGAUCGGGUCUGCUCGCACCGUGUCUAAGAUGGGGCACACACUUGUAGAAUCUGCAGCUACAAAGCCUUCGCCUCCAAGUAACAGUGUCGCAUCUGGGAGGCUUGCUGACACCGAGAGCCCAGAUCUGAAAGUGUUGCAGACACAGAUCACAGAGUACAAGGCUCUUUGCCAUGCUGCUGAGGUGGAAAGAGAGAGGCUCACAGAACUAGUCACUGUCCUGCAGAAAAGGGUGGUCGAAAGCAGCGAUAAAGUUUUGGAAGCUGAGAAGAAGCUUCAAGAAGAGCGACGUCGAUCAGUCAUUUUGGAGCAGCAUCUUGAAAAAAUGAAAAUGGAUGCAGGGAAGAACGCAAACAGCCAGAAACCCCUCCCAAGGAACAAAACAGGUCAGUCUGCUAAUAGCUCCAGACACACCUUGACUGCGAGCGAUAGGAAAGAUCUCACUGCAGCGCAGCUCUCAGAGGUGCCACUAAAAUCUCAGAUAGAAGAACUGACUACAAGGCUUACGAUCCAGCUGGAUGAGAACGAAGCCUUGAAGACCGCCCUGGAGAGCACUGUGAACAUGAAAGAAGAAGACUUCAAACUGUACCAAGAGACAAUGGGCCAGGUAAAGGAGAUCUUCCUACAGGCUUUGAGGCAGCAGAAGCAAGAGAAGAAUUAAAGCAGGACAUUCAAAAUACUUUUACAGUGCAGCAGGGGGGAAAUCCAACAAUAGCUCCAGUGAUUUGAAAUGCAGCCGGGGUGUCAUCAUGUAGCUAUUCUCCCAGAUUGUUUUCUUUCCUUAGCACUUGCAG